AUGAUUGGGAACCCCGAGUACCCCCAGCUCUCCAAGGAUGGUGAUGUCAUCAUUGGAGGAGCUUUUUCAAUUCACAGCAAAAUUACAUUACAGCCACUGUCAUUUACUGAGAAGCCACAACGUCUAAUCUGCACAAGUCUGAACUUCAGAGAAUUCCGGUUUGUUCAGACCAUGAUCUUUGCUAUUGAUGAAAUAAACAAAAGUGGCCUACUUCCUAAUAUUUCCAUUGGAUAUAAGAUAUUUGAUAGUUGUGGCUCAACAUUAGCCUCAAUGAGAUCAGCAGUGGGUUUAAUAAAUGGUCAGGAACUUACAGCUCAAGAAACAUGCUCUGGACAUUCAGCAGUGCAAGCCAUCAUUGGGGAAUCAGAGUCUUCCUCAACCAUAGUUAUGUCAAGAGCAACAGGGCCAUUCAAGAUUCCAGUGAUCAGUCAUUUUGCUACCUGUGCUUGCUUGAGCAACAGAAAUGAAUAUCCAUCCUUCUUCAGAACAAUUCCCAGUGAUUACUACCAGAGCAGAGCUCUAGCACAGUUAGUGAAAUAUUUUGGAUGGACCUGGGUUGGAGCAGUAAGAAGCGACAAUGAUUAUGGCAACAACGGCAUGGCCACAUUUGUGGAGGCAGCUGCAAAAGAGGGAGUCUGCAUUGAGUAUAAUGAAGCAAUUCUAAGGACUAAUUCAAAAGAGAGCAUUGCUAAAGUUGUAGAAAUAAUCAAAAAAGGCACAGCUAAGGUGUUAGUAGCAUUUCUGGCUCAAAAUGAAAUGGAUGUUUUGUUAGAUGAGGCCUUUGCUCAAAAUGUGACAGGGCUGCAAUGGGUAGGCAGUGAGUCCUGGAUAACUGCCAGAUACUUAGCAACUGAAACUACAUCAAAAGUAAUCAGCAGUGCAUUAGGAUUUACCAUCAAUAAAUCUAAAAUACCAGGGCUAAAGGACUUCCUGCUAAAGGUUCACCCAUCUCAGAUUCCCUCAAAUUCCCUGUUGAUAGAAUUCUGGGAAAUUACAUUUGGAUGUCAGUUUUCACCCAAAACAGUGGAUGUGAAACUUUGUACUGGAUUUGAAGAUCUCAAAGAAAUAAAUAAUACAUUCACUGAUGUUUCAGAGCUAAGGAUUUCCAACAAUGUGUAUAAAGCAGUUUAUGCAAUAGCUCAUGCUCUACAUAAUGCUUUGGCUUGCAAUGCUAAUGGAAAUGUAAACUGCACCCAAAAAAAUCUGUUCCUACAGGGUCAGGUACUAGAAUCCUUACAGCAUGUGAACUUUACAAUGCCAUCAGGUGAACAUGUGUAUUUCAGUGCUAACGGAGACCCUACUGCAAAAUAUGAGCUGGUGAACUGGCAGAAAAAUUCAGCUGGCGAAAUAAACUUUGUUGCAGUGGGUUACUACGAUGCCUCUCUCCCAACCGACAAGCAGUUUGUCAUGAAUCCUGUUAAUAUAGUUUGGGCUGAAAAUAGCAAUGUGGUAGGUAUGAAAGGCACAGAAAGGCCAAGAUCUGUCUGCAGUGAGAGCUGUGAGCCAGGAUUCAGACAGGCACAAAUCAAAGGGAGGCCACCAUGCUGCUUUGCCUGUAUACAAUGCCCUGUGGGUGAAAUCAGCAACGAGACUGACUCUGUUGAAUGCAUCAGAUGCCCUCUGGAAUACUGGUCAAAUGAAAAUCACAGCCUGUGUGUUCCAAAGAAAGUGGAAUUCCUUUCGUUUGAUGAAAACAUGGGGAUUCUCCUGACAGCUGUUUCAUUAACAGGAGUUUCUAUUACUGUAGCAGUAGGACUGGUGUUUUUCUAUUUUAGAAACACACCACUUGUAAAGGCAAGCAACUUUGAACUGAGCCUCCUGCUUCUCUUCUCUCUGACUCUGUGUUUUCUUUGUUCACUUACUUUCAUUGGACAGCCUUCUGAGUGGUCCUGUAUGCUGCGCCACACAGCAUUCAGCAUUACAUUUGCGCUUUGUAUGUCCUGUGUUUUAGCUAGAACAAUUGCAGUGGUGAUGGCAUUUAAAGCCACAGUACCAGGUAGCAGUUUCCCCCAAUGUUCAGUGCCUGUACAGCGCAUGAGUGUUUUCUGCUGCACUCUUUUUCAAGUUAUUAUAUGUGUGCUGUGGUUAACACUUGCACCACCAGUGCCUCAAAAAAACAUGGCUCAUUAUAUAGAUAAAAUAAUACUAGAAUGUGACUUGGGCUCAAACCUAGGUUUCUGGGCUGUGCUGGUAUAUAUAGGACUUUUGGCUCUUUUAUGCUUUAUUUUAGCUUUUCUGGCUCGUAAACUGCCUGAUAAUUUUAAUGAAGCUAAAUUCAUCACAUUCAGCAUGCUCAUAUUCUGUGCAGUUUGGAUUACAUUUAUUCCUGCUUAUGUCAGCUCCCCUGGAAAAUUCACUGUAGCUGUGGAAAUAUUUGCUAUUCUGGCUUCCAGUUUUGGUUUACUAUUCUGUAUCUUUAUUCCAAAAUGUUAUAUCAUCAUACUAAAGCCAGAAAAGAAUACAAGAAAGCAUCUAAUGGGCAAAGCAAAUACAAAAUCUUAA